AUGGUCCGACAGAAGUCGCGUAACUUGUGGAAUGACGAGGCGGGCACGAAGUCUGUGAAUCGCCCUCAGCGUGUCACCGUUGCCAAGGGUUGGAAGGUCGCACCGGCUCUUUUGCCAGCCAAGCCGCUGGCUCCGCGCCGGCGCAAGUACGCACCGAUUCGUCCAAACAACCGCGACGCGAUCGCCAUCCCGCUUGGGGGUCAAAGCUACAACCCGGUGGAUGAGGAGCACCAGGAGGCCCUUGCUAAGGCUGUCCGCCAACUGAGCAAGAAGAAGCUCAAGGAUGAGAAGUUCAUGAGGAUGAUGACGAUGGGCCGCGACCGAAAGUACACGGGAAACUUUUCAGCGGACAAGACGUGGGAAGAGGAGGUGAAAGAGACGGCGUCGGCGACUGCUAAGACGCAGCAGAAGAAGGGCGCGAAGGUCGUGCCUGCCUCCAUCGGUGCGUCGUCUGCGCCCUUGCCUGCUCUAGCCGCCGUGACACCGAGUGGGAGCGGGGCCAAGGAUGACCAGGUCGCUGCUGCUCUGGCGCCCGUGGUGAAGGAUUGCAAGACGGCCAAAAAGGCAAAGAAGAAAAAGAAGACAAAGAAGGCGAUGGUGGAGGACGCAAAGCGUGCCAUGGCACACCGACGUCACCCGGAGCGUGAUGCCGUGGCGAAGGAAACGGAAGAGCUCGAUAUGCUACUCGCCACCCAUACUGCGAUGGAGAAUAGACGUGAGGCAGCUCGGCAGAAGCGUCGCGCGGCGAAAAAGGCGAACCUCGACAUCAAGCAUUACGGCCGGCACUACCACACCCCGCUAGUCGUCGACGUCACGCCGAGCGACAAACUUGUCGGCUCCUUGCGUCAUCUCAGCGGCGGGUUUGUCCACCCUGCUAUGGAGCGCAUGAAAUCACUCGAAGAGCGCAACUUAGUGCCGGCACGCAUGCGUCAUACUUACAAUAAGCGCAAGGUGCUGAAGCCCAAGGGCCAGGUGCGUGUGAAGCGGGAGGAGUUUGGAGUGAUGCCCGAGACAAGCUUUUGA